AUGUUCCGCCGCUCGCUAACCGUGUCCUACUCCCCGUUCCGAAAUAAUUUCGUUACGCUGCCGGACAGCUACUACCGGAUGCUUUCGAGCUACAAAAACGGCUGUCUCUGCCUGACGCACCGCAUAGACACGUUCUAUGUGUCCUGGGCCCCGUACGGCGGAAGCGGGGGAUUGCAGGAAAAUCACAUCGGUCUCAACGCGCUGGUUGCCGCCGCCAUGGGUCUCCGCGAAGGCGACACCGUGAUGGUGGCGAUGAUCAUCGACGUUCGAUCACUGAAACGGGUAGAGGUGUGUGCGGCAACCGAGAAGGACUGGGAGAUGCUGGAACUCAGCAGUAGCCGCAUUCAAUCAAUGUUGCUCGAUCAAACGAGGAUCGUUACCAAGGGACAGAAUCUGAUCGUGUGGGUCAAUGACUCAAUCACCAUCAAGAUACGGAUAAAGUUCACAAUGCCUACGCUACCGUUCGGACGGUUAGAGAACGACACGGAACUGAUCGUGGAACCGUUCAAAAAACUUCCUGGCCUCGGAAAGCAGCUCCUGCCGGAAACGCCGAAGCUUGCCCGCAGCAACACAAACCUCAACAUAGCCGAGCUCGUGCGACAGCGAAAUAUGGAGCGUAAAAAGUCUCGCGAAAUUAUAGCCGCCCUUGAGAACGGGUUCACACCAGCGUCCCCUCCGGUCCGAACAGAACCGGUCGCGAGCGCACCGAAUUCGGCGAAAAACCGCCCAAUGACAUGGCACAAAAAUAACGCCGAAAGCAACAAAGAAAAUGGACACGGUCUGGCCGGCGGGCUUCCUUCGACGGCUGGAUCACUGAAGCGAUCGUCGACGGAAGGAAAAUCUACGCCAUCGGCUGGCGCGCUGGCAGCGCUGAGUGCCCAAACGGCGGUCCGUAAUUCGAUGUUCGAAAACGAUCUCGAGCGGCACCUGAACCGGCUGCAGACGAGCAAAUCGAUGGCGAACAUAUUCGCGGCCGGUAGCGAUCCACCGUCACCGGUCAGCGAAUUGCGCCCCCUGACGGCGGCCAGUACUCCAGCGAAGGGGGAACGAAACAAAGCACAACACCUGGACGAGUUGAUCGACACGCUCUCAGCGAGCGUGGCUCGUGUGCACGAGUUUCGGGUGAUCCGCGGGACGUGGAACAGUCGGCGCUGUAGCGUCCAGUUGUGUGAUAUUUUCACCACGAAAGCAAACAUCCCGGCCACGAUGGAUAUAAAUUGUCCGUGUUUACUCACGACAAACGAUUCCCGGGAGUACUACGUGAACGUGCGGAUGGCACCGGACGAGGAGCGGUUCCCACGAAACGCCUACCCGACGGUCGAGAUUAACGAUCGCUUGAUGGAGCAGCUGGAGAUUAAUCACGGAGAAAAGAUCACGCUGAAGCGGGUACAGAAUGCGCUCAACAUUGUCGAUCAAAUCGAGCUGCUGCCAAUCGCGAAAGUCGCCCCCCGGAUCGAGGAAGAUAUCGUCGAAAAGUUUAAACAGUUUGUGCUGUACAACUCCAAAAUUCACCCGGUGCUGCUGAACCAGGAGCAGCUUUUUAAGCUUCCCGAGUACUAUCUGACGGUUAGACUGCAGCCGGCAUCGUUGAGGUACUGUCUGCUCAAUAGCACCAUCCUGCGACAAGGAAAGAUCACGUGCAACGGGGAAGUAAAACCGAUCGCGGGAGCACCCGGUGAAGAUGAUAAGGACAACAAGAACAAGGCGGCAGUAACCAAACCAUCGACUGGCGCCGGUGACGCUGGCAAGUUGGUAAAAUUCGAGAAAUUCGAAUCGAUCAUUCUCGAGUCCGUCGAUCGCCUUCGCUUUGCACUCUGUCUCGACGAUCGCAACAAAGUGCCCCAGAUUUGCAACAUGCUAGUGGCGGGAUCAACCCAGAGUGGCCGCAAAACGAUUUGUCAAAACAUUCUCAACCGGCUGGCGGAGGUACCGUUCUACUGCUUCUGGACUGUGUUCGACUGUGCCAAGCACAAGGGCCGCAAACCGGACUCGAUUCAGAAGGACCUCCGGCAGGCAUUGUACCUGUGCAUGUUCCACAGCCCGGCAGUGAUCUUUAUGGAUGGCCUGGACGUGCUGACACAUCACCCGGGCGAACAGAACACCCCGGAUGCGGAGUAUCACAACAAGGUGUCCGACGUGAUCCGACGGCAGAUCGAAGAGUUUACCUCCAACAAUCCAAUCGCGGUGAUCGCCACGAUCGCUGGCACCUCCAACCUGAACCGUCGGUUGUACGCCUCCCGUGGCUAUCAUCUCUUCCAGCGGCACGUAAAGCUGCCCAACCUGGACAAAGCCGAUCGUGAGCACGCGCUGAAAAGCCUAUUUCUACAGCGUCACUGUAAGCUGGAUCGGCGCAUCGACUGGAAACGGUUGGCCAAUCAAACGGAAGGUUACGCGAUCGGCAGCCUGGUGCAGUUAGUCGAUCGUGCCGUGUUCUACGCGUACAAGCAAGACAGUCAAUUCCCGUUCGUUACCGAGGACAUGGUCGGUUCAGCGCUCGGUGUGACCAACGCGUACUGUUUGGCCGGCAUCGAGAAUCAUAAAUGUGGCACCGCGGCCGGGGACGUUGAUGACGAUGAGGAUGGUAUUGAGGGCGAUAAGAUCGCUGGCCUCGACGGUGCGAUCGAAGUGUUCCAGGAGGUGCUGAUGUGGCCGACCCGCUUUCCGAAAAUCUUCGAAGCUUCCCCACUCCGGAAUCAAGCCGGGAUACUACUGUAUGGGCCACCCGGCACGGGCAAAACUUACCUCGUCUCGCGGCUGGCUCGAACGUGGAACUUGCGGAUGAUUUCGGUGAAGGGCCCGGAGCUGCUGGCAAAGUACAUCGGGCAGAGCGAAGAGAACGUUCGCAAUCUGUUCGAUCGUGCCCGGAGUGCCCGACCGUGUGUGCUGUUCUUCGAUGAGUUUGAUAGUUUGGCACCACGCCGUGGCCACGAUUCGACCGGUGUCACCGAUCGGGUGGUGAACCAGUUGCUGACCGAGCUCGAUGGUGUCGAAGGGUUGCAGGGUGUCACUGUGAUAGGUGCCACUUCGCGCCCCGAACUGCUCGAUCCGGCGUUACUGCGUUCGGGGCGUAUCGAUCGGUUGGUGGAGUGUCCCUUGCCGGGUGUGAAUGCCCGGCUGGAGAUCUUCCACCAUCACAGCAAAUCGCUAACCCUUGCGGCGGACGUCGAUUUGCGGAUGUUUGCAGUCAAAUCGGAGUACUACACCGGGGCGGACAUCCGGAGCAUCCUAACGACGGCCAACAUGCUCGCCGUGCAGGAAUGUUUGGCGCUCUCGGAAGCAAACGUGCCGGAGCAGAUAACGAUUAGCCAGCGGCACCUACUGGAAGCGUUCGGCAGCACCCGGCCAUCGCUUACGGCGAACGAUGUGGCAAAGUACAGGGAAACCUACGCCCGGUUCACCAACAAGGAGCCUCCGUCGAAGGACUUUGUGGCCAAACGGGCCACACUGGCGUGAGCGGUGAUGCGUCGUCGUAGAGUGAAGCAAUUUGACCCCUUGUUUUGCAUUUUCUUUUCGGUUUCUCGGUUCGGUGUGCAGUUGAGGGUUGACAUUUUUCUACACAAAA